CCCAAAUCCAAAUCCCGAACAAGCAAACAGGCAAACAAACAAGAGGGUGUGUGUUUUUGUUUUGGGUGUGCGUGUGCUUGUGGGUGUUGUCCCCUGCUGUGGUUCCACCUGCAUCCAAUCGCUGUUGGCGUGUGUGGUGGAAGCAGUGAGUCUAUCGAUCACCCCGAUCAAUCAGCCAGCCAACGGCUGAGCAAGGAAGCCUGUGGCACCAGCCAUGGGCGGGAAACAAAGCAAGGCGGAUCUGGCCUCGCCGUACACGGCCACGGACGACGGCACUCGUGAUUUUGGCACCUUCCCCUGCUCGUACCUGGGCCACUGCAAUGUGGGCAGUGUGGCUGCCAGCCAGGCGGUCAUUGACGGUGCACAGCGCAUCAUCAACGCGCGAAAUCCCAAGACCAAGGUGUUUGUGAACGUGACGUCGCAGGGGCUGUCGGUGCUAGAUCCGCGCUCCAAUAUCCCGGUGACAGCAGCACCGCUGCAGCGCAUCUCCUUCAUCUCGCAGCUGGGCCGCAAGCAGAAGCUCGUUGCGUACCUGCACCGGGAAUCCGAGUCCGCGUGCAUCUGCCACGUGCUGAAGAGCAAGAAGCUGGCGGGUGCCAUCACCCAGGCCGUGCGUGGCGCAUUCGAGGCAGCGCACUCUGCAGCGAAGCAGCAGCAGCAGCGCCCGCGCGCCCGCUCAGCGUGGGGCAACGCGCAAGGCUCAUCGUCGUCACCAGCAGCAAAGGCGAGUAAUGGCGGCAGUCGGGAUGCCGGGAACAGGCCGCGGGCAGCGACGCACCGAGGGCACGCGCAGGAGCAGCCGUCGCUGUUGCUGGAGAAUGGGGCGCGAUCAUCACGCGACAACGCGGCAGAGCAGCCACAAGACAGGCAAGACAGCCUUGCAGAGUCAGAACAGUCACAACAACAACAACAACAGCCACAACAACAACCACAGCAGUCGCCACGAGUGUUGACACUGGGUGGCGUGGACACGAGGUCCAGUCGCGACGACACGGGCAUGGCGGAUCAGGAGGACGCAGGGGCCGGUCUGGACGUGUCUGCGAUGCCGCCCGCGGAGAAGCCCAGCGUGCACGCGUGCCACUACCUCGGCCACACGACGGUGACACACCCAACUGGGGAUGAGGUGGCGGCGGAGUCCGCACAGGAGGCGAUUCGGGCCAACAAGCCGCGAAAGGCGCAGCUGGAGGUGACAACAGACAUGAUUUUGGUCCGUGAUGCAAAGCACGGCGACGUGUUGCAUCAGGUGCCCGUGUCUGAGAUCAGCUUCUUCACCAUCAGCAAGAGGAAGCGCACGCUGCUGUCGUUCAUCACCUGUGACCGCGAGAACAUCAUGUUCUGCCACACGCUGCGCUUCAAGAACACAAAGUCGUGUGUGCAUGCAAGCAACACCAUCGGCACCGCCUUUGUCAAGGGGGCAGAGGCAGCCAACGCCAGCGCACGCCGUGCGAGUUCGCCUGCCACGUCCUUUGCGCGGCAUUUGACCACAUCGUCACUGCAUCAGCGCAACCCGGCUGCCCCUCUCGGCCUAUUUGAAGCACAGUUUCUAGGAACAGUCCCCGUGGAGAACAAGCGCAAGCACGAAGUGUGCGAGGACGCCGCCCUCUCUUUGCUGUUGACAAAGCCGGCGCCGACACAGGUUGCCAUCAGCGUGAGCGGCGAGGGCAUCAAGGUUGUGGAGGCAACCACGUCCGAGGUCCUCACCAGCAUCCCAAUCAAGAACAUCACGUACACGACGGUGGUGAACAACCGCAAGAUUCUGAAGAAAGACAAAUCGCGCGGCGCCAAGGCAGACGAGCCCCUCGUUGUGCUCAUGAACCACGACUCGCGGCUGUCCCGGACGGCCUGCGAGAUCUUCCGCGCAGGGCGGCGGGCGGCGCAGGUGUGCGAGACGAUCAACAUUGCGUUCACCGUCGCCCUGGAUAAGCAGAAGCGGCAGAAGAACAACGCCUUUGCUGCCGUUUCUUCAAAACGCGAGCCCGUGAAAGGCCCGCUGUUUAAACGCCAGAUCCACCGUCGCGAUUUGCGUCCCAUGCGCGCCAUUGGCAUGGGGCAGUUUGGGGAGGUGUUUCUGUCACUGCAGCACGUGAAGCCUGGUACGGGCGAGGAUGGUGGAAACACGGUCCACCGCGCCGUGAAACUCCUCCGAAACGGCGCAUCCGCUGCCGAUCGCGAGGAGUUCCUGCGGGAGGCGGAGGUGAUGCUGGCGUUUGACCACGUCAACCUCGUCCGCUUGAUCGGUGUCGCCGUCCAGCAGCGGCCCUGGCUCUGUGUCCUCGAAUACAUGCAGUACGGCGAUUUGCGGUCUGUGCUGCACACGGCGCGCGAGAAGGGCCUCAAGCUCACGUUUCUCGAGUCCCUCAAGUUUGCUGUGCAGAUUGCCACAGGCAUGGAGUACCUGUCGUCGCUCGGGUACAUCCACAUGGACCUGGCCGCGCGAAAUUGUCUCCUCGGAGAGAAGAAUCUCGUCAAAAUUGCAGACUUUGGCCUCACGCGCACGUGCAAGCCUGGCCGCGACUACUACCGCCUCACAACCACACUCAAGCUCCCCAUCAAGUGGAUGGCAAUUGAGAGCAUGGAGGAGAAGCUGUUUUCCACCAAGAGCGACGUGUGGGCAUUUGGCGUCACCUGCUGGGAGGUUUUCAGCUAUGGAGCGGUGCCGUACGGAGCAGUGAAGAAUAUGGAUGUGCAGGAGAAGAUUCGUGCGGGCAUGCGGCUGUCCUGUCCAGCAGCGUGCCCACAGGCGUUUUACUCCAAAGUGCUGGAAUUGUGCUGGCUCAAGGAGUGGCGACGGCGUCCGACAUUCACAGACCUCCGCCGCUUCAUCAUCAAGUUUGCGCGGCAGGCAAAGGAGACGAGCCCGAUGCUGCGGGAUGUGGGUCGGGCGCUCAAGGUGUGGAACAAGCAGCUUGAAGAACAGCAGCGCCAGGCCAUCGCCACCGCGCAGGCAUCGUCAUCAUCAGCCUCCUCCACAACAGACCCAUCAUCAACAUCGAAGCAGCAGCAGCAACAGCAGCAACAACAGCAGCAACAGCAACAGCAGCAGCAACAGUCACCAAAGCACUCGCCAAAGCACUCGCCAAAGCACUCGCCAAAGCGAGCGAGAAAGGGACAGAUUAGCCCCGUCCUCGUUGAAGGCGCAACAGUGUCGAGCGUGUCUGCAAUGGUAGCUGAUGUGGAUGACGAGACGGUGGAAGGGUCAACCGAUGAUCGCAGCGCCACAGCUGAUGGUGUCGGAGGCACUGCUCGUGACACCGAUGCUGAUGCGAGACAGAAGGGCCAGCCGUCCACUUCCUCCUCCUCCGCCGCGGGCGCAGCAGCUGCAGGCGAUGACGACGACGAAGAAGACGCAGAUUACUACUCGGACGAAGACGGCGACAUCCUUGUCAUUCGCCGACCACACAAGCCGCAACAGCAAACGGAGGAGAACAAGUCACUCCUGCAACAACAACAGCUGCAGCCAAAGCAGCAACGACAGCCACAACAACUUCAACAACAGCAGCAGCUAAGCGACGCUGGUGGUUACAGCACACGCCACCACGCAGCGUCGCCGCAACACGAACAAUCGCAGCAGCCGCAACAGCCGCCACGCCUCACUCUGGACAUGACCAACUCGUCGUCAGAUGUGUCCACGGAUGACGUUGAAGGACAAGGUGAUGGCGACGAUGAUGCAAGCGCGCUGGCUGCGCGGUUACAGUCGGACCGUACCAUCUCCUUUGAGCUCGGCCCGGACCUUGAAGUGGUCGUGGGCGGGCCACAGCAGCCCUCGUAGCCGUGUCGCCACGUGCGACAGACUGAUACAAGACCCUUGCUUCCCUGAUUUUUGUGUGACCGACACUCCGUACUUCUUUUUGAUUGACCCCUUGUUGCGUUCACUUCCCUUUGCAUUAGUUGCAUUUGUUACAACCAAUCCCUGUGUUCUUCCCCCUCUUCCCGUUGCCUUUUCAUUUGUUUCAUUGUUACUUGCCCUCUGUUCUCCUUGCCUUGCGUGGCCGGUUCACGCACCCUUUGCUUCCCAAUGCUGGCAGAUGGCUGUUGGGGGCGGGCGGUUGUGAGUCGGACACACAAGUCGUGUGCGACAACAACAACCACCUCCCCAGGCCUCUCGUUCAUCACUUUUGCGACACCAUGAAUUGCCGUUGAAUAGAAUGUUAGCGG